AUCCAGAACAACACCUCUCUGCCUGCAAUUCCUCGCAUCGAUUGUCGCUGUAAUCUGUCUAGAAAUGUACAAGAAACCAAGCGCAAAGGGCGGCACCGCCAUCCGCCGGCUCAUGACCGAGUACAAGCAGCUCAUCAACGACGGUCCGGACGGGAUCUCGGCCGGGCCUAUCGACGAGGACAACUUCUUUGAGUGGGAAUGCUUGAUCCAGGGACCGGAGGAUACGCCGUUCGAGGGAGGCGUGUUUCCCGCCACGUUGACGUUUCCCAAGGAUUACCCUCUAAGUCCCCCGACCAUGAAAUUCACCUGCGAAAUGUUCCACCCGAACGUAUACAAGGACGGCACGGUCUGUAUCUCGAUCCUCCAUCCGCCGGGCGAUGAUCCGAAUAUGUACGAAUCCGCAUCCGAGAGAUGGAGUCCGAUCCAGUCCGUCGAGAAGAUCCUCAUCAGCGUGAUGAGCAUGCUUGCAGAACCGAACGACGAGAGUGGCGCGAAUAUCGACGCGUGCAAAGUCUGGAGAAAUGAUAGAGCGGAGUAUGGUCGGAUAGUAAAAGCCAACGUCCGCAAGACGCUUGGUCUAUAGCCGUUCAUUCAUCGAUUGCAGAUCAAGCGAGCAUUACUGGGCGAGUGUAUGGGCGUGAGAAGUUGGUGUUUGAAUUGUGUCAUACUCUCGCGGCUUGAAUGGUUUUGUCUUUGGUGAAUCUUUGUGAAUCUUGUUAUGGCGUUUUUAGUUUGACUGUUGUAUGUAGCGAUCCGUUUGAAUAUAGUCGGGAAUUUGGUCGGGAGUAUGAAUAUUAU